AUGGUCUGCAAUAGCGCAAUCAAGGGCUUCGCGCAGUCUCCAGACGCCACAACCCGUCCAACAGGGUCUGUGAUCGGCCUCAUCCUCAUCGCCUCAGACUUCACCCUGACCGGACUUGCCUUUAUGGAUCCGUUCUUCGGCCAUCCUCCUCCGUUCUGGCGAGUUAAUAGCACCACCGGCUAUGCCGAACUGGUCACGCCGCCCCGGGAGCUGUUCUAUCUCGACCUGCCCGCGGAAGAGGCCGAGUACUGGGUGUCUCAGCUCACGACCCAGAGCCUCAAAGCCUUGUUCGAAGGCGGCGAACACACAUAUGCCGGCUGGCAAGAUGUGCCGGUCUGGUAUAUCGGCACCGUUGAGGAUCGGGGAUUACCGGUGCUGGCGCAGCGGAUGCAGGUCGGGAUGGCCAGGGAAAUGGGGGGUCGCGUGGAGCACCGGGAGCUGCAGACGAGCCAUUCCCCAUUUCUGAGCCAGCCUGAGGCAACCGUCAAGAUUAUGCUCGAGGCGAUUGAGGCGUUUACUGAGCAGGCAGCAGGAAGCACGUCUGCCAUGGUUGGACGUGGCGAUAUAGCAGUGCCGAGGACCAUGCUCUGGCAGCCGUUGACGUGGUUUAGAUUUGGGCUACCAAUGGCCUUUGGUCGUGUUAUUGGGAGGGGUAUUCUCCUGUUUGGUUGGGGGAGGCGAUUGUGGAGGUCGACGUUUGGUUAGAGUGAUAUUCGAGGCCCGUAGCAGGACUGUG